UCUGACCUCUCUCAAUUUUUUUGUGAGAAGAUUGUUGAGGUUGGAGCGUAGUCAGCUUCUCUUUUUCUGCCGAAAGCUGCAGAAUUUCAUGCUUUUUCUCCUCUGGGGUUGAGCAAUCGGUUCUCUUCAGGAUGCCGUUUGUUAACCCUGACCCUUCAGACAAAGAUUCUGAACCAUUUGUUGAGACUGAUCCAACUGGUCGCUAUGGUAGAUACAGUGAGUUGCUUGGUUGUGGUGCUGUGAAAAAAGUGUACCGUGCAUUUGAUCAGGAAGAAGGAAUAGAGGUGGCUUGGAACCAAGUGAAGCUGAGGAAUUUCUGUGAUGACCCUACCAUGGUGGAUAGGCUAUACUCUGAAGUGAGGUUGCUCAGAAGCUUGACCGACAAAAACAUCAUCGCACUUUACAGUGUCUGGAGGGAUGACCAGCGCAACACUCUGAAUUUCAUCACUGAGGUUUGUACCAGUGGUGAUUUGAGGGAGUAUAGGAAGAGGCACAGGCAUGUUUCCAUGAAGGCCCUCAAGAAGUGGUCUAAGCAGAUUUUAAAAGGGCUGAACUAUCUGCACUUGCAUGAUCCCUGCAUCAUUCACAGAGAUCUCAAUUGCAGCAAUGUGUUUGUCAAUGGAAAUACUGGCCAGGUUAAGAUUGGUGACUUGGGUUUGGCAGCAAUUGUGGGCAGGAGCCAUUGUGCUCACACGAUUCUUGGGACACCAGAAUUCAUGGCUCCGGAGUUAUAUGAUGAAGACUACACUGAGUUGGUGGACAUUUAUUCAUUUGGGAUGUGUUUACUGGAAAUGGUGACACUGGAGAUUCCUUACAGUGAAUGUGACAAUGUUGCAAAGAUAUACAAGAAGGUGUGCUCUGGAGUUAGACCUGCAGCCCUGAACAAGGUGAAAGAUCCAGAGGUGAAGGCCUUCAUUGAGAAGUGCCUUGCUCAGCCAAGAGCUAGACCUUCUGCAGCUGACCUUCUCGAAGAUCCCUUCUUUGAUGAGAUUAUUGAUGAUGACGAAAAUGAUGACUGUUCUUCUUCUCACCAGUAAAAUUGUCCUCAGUCCUUACAUUGAGACAAUAUGUUGAUUUGAUCUAGUGGUUUAGGGUUCCUUAAUUUGAUUCACCUACCUAUUUAGUUUGCAUAUCAAUUUGGGGCAGGCUAGAAACUGAUUUUUUUUUUCCAAUUUGGAAGCUGUGAAAUUGGACAAGGGUUGGGUUUGGGUUUAGCCAGGGGAGGGUUUGAUUGGGGAUGUUGUCAUUUUGUACAUAGGAAAAUUUACAGUUGUGCAGCAUAUACUGAAUGAUGAUUUGAUUUGAUUUGACAAUAAAUGCUAAAAAAUAUGUAAUCAGC